AUGAUUGAUUAUGCUUUUGACACCACAGCUGAUCUAAGCAAAGUUAGUAGUCAAAAUACAUAUGAUAAAGUUUCAAUUAUAACUUGUGACUCUGAGGAAGAAGAGGCACAGGUGAUUUCAUUAAUCAUAAAAAAUGAAGGCUCUAAAAAUGUGUCAUUUUUUAUCGGUAAUCAACUACUUGCAACACGCGUAGCAUGCUUACUUGAACAAGAUGAUAUAGAAGAUUAUCCAUAUAUAACACUUUUGCUCUAUAGUAUAGAGGUAUUAACCUCAAACUGGAACAGUGUCGAACUACUUUCACUUCUUAAACACACGCUAGUAACAUUUGGUUAUGCUAAAGAAGAAUAUAGUAAAAUACUAUCGGAGUUUGAAAUAGAAAUAUUGCGUAAUUUUAGCAUAAGUAAUCUUGAGGGUAUUAUAAAUAAUAUCAAAAAACACAAAAAAAUAAAAUAUAAGGAAGAUAUAUUGACGAUUAUCAAUAAAUUAAAGAAAAUAUAUAAUCCUUUACUUAAUAUUAUUAAUUGUUCUAUUUACGAGGUAGCCAGGGCGCAUGUACAAUGCGUUGA